AUGCAUCCCCGCAAUGGCUACCAGGCGCCACUGGAUCUCGGCGCGCUGGCGCGGGCGGAUGCGCGCCUCGCGCCGUUUGUGCACGAGGACCGAGGCGAGGUACAAGUGAAUUGGGACGAUCCGGCGGCGCUGCGUGCCGUCACCGGAGCGCUGCUCUUGCGUGACUUUUCGAUCCAGGUGACGCUCCGCGACGAUCGUCUGUGCCCUGCGCUGCCGAACCGCCUCAACUACGUGUUGUGGAUCGAGGACAUGAUGCGGGCGCUGCAUCCCAUAGACUGUGCGUCGUACGACGACGUGCGCGGAGGGGAUAUCGGCACUGGGAGCGUCGCUAUAUACGCGUGCUUGUGCUGUGCCUUGCACGCCCAGUGGACCAUGGUCGGCACAGACGUCGACGCAGAUGCGCUCGCACACGCCCAAGCGAUGCUUGAUGAAAACGCGCACGUUGGCACCCGCAUCGAGCUGCGUCACACGUCCAAGGACGCGUUGCUGCUGCCGGACGGGCACUUGCACUUUACGCUGUGCAAUCCCCCGUUUUACGCGUCGCCCGAAGAGCGCGCGGCGCUCGCAGCGGCGAAGCGCGAGGCGCGCCGUCCCACUGAAGGCAGCCACGACGAAAUGUAUACCCCCGGCGGCGAGGCCGCAUUUGUCCUCCGCAUGCUCGACGAAAGUAUGCUGCCUGCGAACCGCGAGCGGAUUGUGUACGUCGCUUGA